UUCUAAGUUAUUCAAAUGUGUUUUAGUAUAGUUUAGUAUCCAGGCGAAAAAACAUUUUAAGAUCCUAUCUAUCUAAAAUAUGUGUCUAAACCAGCCUCAUGCUGCAUGGGGGCUUAAUUUUUUAGAUGAAUCAACGAUAGAACCCCCUCUAGGCACCUGUACUUUGGAAGGAGCGCAGGCUCGUGACACAGCAGCGCUCCUCAAUCCACAUCAGCACACACAGCAGCUACGGAGAGCCGGAGGAACUCUGCCCCUGUGUCAUUCCGCACCCUUUUACUAGAACAUGAAAGUGAAAGCGUGGUUCUCCAGUCAUUAUUAACGACACACAUUUGUUGAGGCAGUUACGUAACAUAAACAUGCUUGUAUGUCAGAUGUGAUAUGCUAUGAUAGGAUAUAUUUGGUUUGUAUUGGUUCUUAUGAAUAGUAGGUAUUGUAUAGGUAUGUGAAUAUCGCAAUCUGAACAGGAGAACGUGAGGAUGUUGUAGGUAGGAGGGUAGCUAUUUGUACAUAUACAAACAUUUCUAAGGGUAAGGACAGUAGAGUUUCUGAGAAUAAGAAAUAGUCUCUUUGAUAAAAGUAGCCCCAUAUGAAUAUUCUGGAAAAAUCCCACACCCACAACUUUCAACCAGAAGGUGCAGGCUGUGUUACUGUAAUAGAUGACAAGGUGAUGUGGUAAUAACGCAUUUCUUACUCACACAGUGAAAAAAUGUUUAAUUUCCGGCCAAGAAUUGGGAAGCCAAACAUGAAGAAAUGCUAUGCCUUUACAACGGGCAACACUUUGGGUUGUCAUAACAACUUAAUGCAAAAGCUAACUGAAGAAGGUGUAACUCUAGGGAGCUCACCACAGGACUGUGAUGUCAUCAUAGCUUUCUGUCCCAUUAUCAGUGGUGUUGGGACCAACAUUCAAGAGGCCUUAAGUAGGAUCCCUAAUGGUAAACCUGUCAUCCUGGUGGUGCUGCACCACACCUUCAACACAGACUACACUAUACCUGACACCAGCAGACAUGUGACCAGAAGUGAUGUCACCCUCACAGUGGACUUUCUGUUCCACGACACUGUCAAGGGACUACUGGAAUGUACUCAAAAUGACACAGCUGUCAAAACAUUGAUCAAGAAGCUGGCAUCAUCAUGUCCAGCCUCAACCUCAGCUCUAGACCCGUAUCCGACAUCAGAUCCAGCCCCAGCCCAGCCCCCCGCUCCAACCCCAGCCCCACCCUUGACCUCACAUCCAGGCCUAACCUCGAACAGGAAAGCAGAGGUCAAAACAUCUUUCAAGAAGCGGACAUCACAUUCAGGUUCCAUGGAAAGACCAUUUUUAGGGAAGCCAAACAUGAAGAAAUGCUAUGCCUUUACAACGGGCAACACUUUGGGUUGUCAUAACAACUUAAUGCAAAAGCUAACUGAAGAAGGUGUAACUCUAGGGAGCUCACCACAGGACUGUGAUGUCAUCAUAGCUUUCUGUCCCAUUAUCAGUGGUGUUGGGACCAACAUUCAAGAGGCCUUAAGUAGGAUCCCUAAUGGUAAACCUGUCAUCCUGGUGGUGCUGCACCACACCUUCAACACAGACUACACUAUACCUGACACCAGCAGACAUGUGACCAGAAGUGAUGUCAUCCUCACAGUGCACUUUCUGUUCCACAACAGUCAGGGAGGACUACUGCAAUGUCCUCACAACAAAGCAGCUGUCAAAACAUUGAUCAAGAAGCUGGCAUCAUCAUGUCCAGCCUCAACCUCAGCUCUAGACCCGUAUCCGACAUCAGAUCCAGCCCCAGCCCAGCCCCCCGCUCCAAACCCAGCCCCACCCUUGACCUCACAUCCAGGCCUAACCUCGAACAGGAAAGCAGAGGUCAAAACAUCUUUCAAGAAGCUGACAUCACAUUCAGGUUCCAUGGAAAGACCAUUUUUAGGGAAGCCAAACAUGAAGAAAUGCUAUGCCUUUACAACGGGCAACACUUUGGGUUGUCAUAACAACUUAAUGCAAAAGCUAACUGAAGAAGGUGUAACUCUAGGGAGCUCACCACAGGACUGUGAUGUCAUCAUAGCUUUCUGUCCCAUUAUCAGUGGUGUUGGGACCAACAUUCAAGAGGCCUUAAGUAGGAUCCCUAAUGGUAAACCUGUCAUCCUGGUGGUGCUGCACCACACCUUCAACACAGACUACACUAUACCUGACACCAGCAGACAUGUGACCAGAAGUGAUGUCAUCCUCACAGUGCACUUUCUGUUCCACAACAGUCAGGGAGGACUACUGCAAUGUCCUCACAACAAAGCAGCUGUCAAAACAUUGAUCAAGAAGCUGGCAUCAUCAUGUCCAGCCUCAACCUCAGCUCUAGACCCGUAUCCGACAUCAGAUCCAGCCCCAGCCCAGCCCCCCGCUCCAAACCCAGCCCCACCCUUGACCUCACAUCCAGGCCUAACCUCGAACAGGAAAGCAGAGGUCAAAACAUCUUUCAAGAAGCUGACAUCACAUUCAGGUUCCAUGGAAAGACCAUUUUUAGGGAAGCCAAACAUGAAGAAAUGCUAUGCCUUUACAACGGGCAACACUUUGGGUUGUCAUAACAACUUAAUGCAAAAGCUAACUGAAGAAGGUGUAACUCUAGGGAGCUCAUCACGGGACUGUGAUGUCAUCAUAGCUUUCUGUCCCAUUAUCAGUCGAGUUGGGACCAACAUUCAAGAGGCCUUUUGUAAGAUCCCUGAAGGUAAACCUGUCAUCCUGGUGGUGCUGCACCACACCUUCAACACAGACUACACUAUACCUGACACCAGCAGACAUGUGACCAGAAGUGAUGUCAUCCUGACAGUGGACUGUCUGUUCCACAACAGUAAGGGAGGACUACUGCAAUGUUCUCACAACAAAGCAGCUGUCAAAACAUUGAUCAAGAAGCUGGCAUUACCAUGUCCAGACCCAGCCUCAACAUCAGCUCUAGACCCAGCCUCAACCUCAGACCCAGCCUCAACCUCAGACCUAGCCUCAACAUCAGCUCCAGACCCAGCCUCAACAUCACCUCCAGACCCAGCCUCGACCUCAGACCCAGCCUCAACCUCAGACCCAGCCUCAACAUCACCUCCAGACCCAGCCUCAACCUCAGCUCCAGACCCAGCCUCAACCUCAGACCCAGUAUCAACAUCAGCUCUAGACCCAGCCUCAACCUCACCUCCAGACCCAGCCUCAACCUCACCUCCAGACCCAGUCUCAACCUCAGACCCAGCCUCAACCUCAGACCCAGCCUCAACCUCAGACCCAGCCUCAACCUCAGCACAAGACCCAGCCUCAACCUCCGACCCAGCCUCAACCUCAGACCCAGCCUUAACAUCAGCUUCAGACCCAGCCUCAACCUCAGCUCUAGACCCAGCCUCAACCUCCGACCCAGCCUCAACCUCAGCUCUAGACCCAGGCCCAGGCCCCUAGAAUGACAAUUUACUGUAAUUCGAGUUUGAGGAAAGAAGAAAAUUCCAACAAGAAUUACGUGUUCUGUUUCUCCUAUUUUAAUUUAUCGUAUGAUGUUAUGUAGUGCAGAUUUAAACAUGAUUUUCCUUCUUUUCUGUAUUAAAUAUAUAAUUAUCAGAAUCAGAAUCAGAAUGGGUUUUAAUCGCCAUGAAAGUUUGCACAGACAAGGAAUUUGCUUUGGCAGGAAGGUGCAUACAUUAAACAUAUAGGAAUCUUCAAAAAGUUAAUAUGAAGUCUAACUAUACUAAGGGUACAUGAACUAGCUAUACUAAGUGGAUUUAGAAUUGAAAUAAAAUAUAAUAUCAUAGCACAGUAUCCUCUAUUUUAUUCUACAUUGAAUG